GUCAUCUCUUCCUCUUAAACAGUGCGCAAACUCUUAAUCGAGUCACACUUUGUAUAUUAUUGAUACCUUUCAUGCUCCACACUACUGCUCGUUUUCUAUUUUCCCUUCCUUCGUUCCCGUCUUGCUCCCAUAAGUGACUUUCAGCGCCUCCUCCGAGCCGCGAUCGGGGACUAACAGCCCAAUGGCGGAGAAAGCCGAUGACGCCGUCCGGGACAAGGUCGAACUGUCCAAUGAAAAAGGAGCAUCUCAUCCAGACGCAGAAGACUACAGUAAUGAAAAGAGAAAUCCGGCCAGCAAGGGUGAUGAAGUAACUGAGACCCACGAAGCUGGACAGGACGAGACCGAAGAUGAGAAUGAGCAUGAGCAUGACGAUGAUCACGAGGAUGAACAAGACCCUGAAGAGGAACCAGUACGGCCGCGGUCCUCCCGAGCCUCGUCAGUCUUCUCUCGGACCCAGUCGGUAGUACCGAGGUCGGAGAGGAGAGGCAUCUUUGGACGGUUUGCUAUCAUCCCCGAGGUCGACCGGCCCUAUGAGUACACGGACAAGACGAAAUGGGCCAUUACCGCCAUCAUCGCCCUGGCAGCAGCUGCUGCGCCGUUGGGGUCCGGCAUAUUCUACCCGGCCUUGUCUCAAAUCUCGGAUGACUUGAGUACCUCACAAACUAUCACCAACCUGGCAGUUGCGCUGUAUAUGCUGUCCAUGUCUAUUUUCCCUCUAUGGUGGUCAUCAUUCUCUGAGAGACUGGGACGGCGCACGAUUUAUGUGAUAUCCUUCAUAUUGAAUCUCAUAUUUACCAUCCUAAGCGCCGUCAGCGUGAACAUCACCAUGCUGAUCAUCAUGCGCGUAAUCUCGGGCGGUGCUUCGGCGUCGGUCCAGGCCGUGGGAGCGGGGACCAUUGCCGACAUCUGGGUGCCGGCCCAGAGAGGCCGAGCCAUGGGGAUAUUCUACCUCGGCCCCCUUACCGGGCCGCUCUUCGCGCCCAUCAUCGGUGGAGCCCUGGCCCAGGGCUUUGGCUGGAGGAGCACCAUGUGGUUCCUCGUCAUCUACGGGGCGCUGAUGCUUCUCCUGAUUCUCUUCUGCCUGCCGGAGACGUUGGCGAGGAAGAAGCCACCCGUCUUGCCCUCGCCGCAGGAAACUAACGGCACCGGAACGGCCGACGCGCAAAACGCACCAAACACUCUAGUGCGGACGAGUACAGUGCAGUCGAUCAAGGAGCGAAGCAAGGCAACUAAAGUGGCAUUCAAGCACUUCAUCGUCGAGCCUCUCCAAGUAUUGCUCUACCUGCGCUUCCCGGCGGUCCUCAUCGCCGUUUACUCUGCGUCCAUCGCGUUCGGCUCGCUCUUCGUGCUCAACAUCUCCAUCCAGUCCUCCUUCUCCCACGCGCCGUACAACUUUUCCGAGGUCAUCGUCGGGCUGCUGUACUUCCCGCUGUCCAUCGGCUACAUCCUGGCCUCGGUGCUCGGCGGCCCGUGGAUAGACAAGAUAAUGGCGCGCGAGGCCCGCAAGGCCGGCAGGUACGACGAGAACGGGAAGCUCGUCUUCCUGCCCGAGGACCGCAUGCGCGAGAACAUGUGGCUGGCCGCGACGCUGUACCCGGGGGCGCUAAUCUGGUACGGCUGGGCGAUCGACAAGGGCGUGCACUGGAUCGUCCCGUGCAUCGCCAACUUCUUCUUUGGCUUUGGGAGUAUGCUGGUCUUCGGCGCCGUUACCACGGUGUUGACCGAGUUCAUGCCGCAGCGGAGCUCCGGUGGCGUCGCGGUGAAUAACUUUGUCCGGAAUAUCUUCUCCUGCGUCGGCGCCAUCGUGGCCCAGCCGCUCAUCAAUGCCAUGGGGGAUGGAUGGCUGUGCACCAUGGUUGGCCUCUUCGCCUGGAUCACGGGGAAUAUGGCCAUUUUUGCAUUGAGGAGAUGGGGCCCCGGGUGGAGGGUACAUAUGGACGAGAAGCUGAAUUCACCAAGAGCUUGAACCUGCCAUAUAUUUACCAACCACCAUGUAUAUAUAAGGAUUGCAUAGUUAUAGUUUAUAUAUACCCAUAAUACGACGCUUUCGCCACCCGUUGGCACCUAA